AUGGGUAUACCAGUGGGAGAACAUAUUUUAUAUUCGCUCAGCUUUGCUGAUGACCAAGUGGUGAUCGCUCAAGAUUCUUACGACCUAGAGUUUAUGUUAAACAGGCUACAUGAAGAAUAUGAAAGAUGGGGAUUAAAAAUCAGCUUUAAGAAAACCGAAUUUCUGAGCCUGGUUGAAUCCGUCUUGUGCUAUGGAUGUGAGGUAUGGACGGUUAACUCUGAUUUGCGCAGAAGACUUCUUGCCACCGAAAUGGACUACCUCAGGCGAAGCGCACGAGUAUCUAGAAGGGAGUGCGUGCGCAACGAAGUGAUAAGAAGAAGAGAGAGAAGAUCGCUGAAAUGGUUUGGGCACCUCAUGAGAAUGCCAGAUGAUCGAUGGCCAAAACGAGUCUUUCAAUGGGUUCCGCCACAACGAAGAAAACGAGGAAGACCACGACGAUCCUGGAACGACGGAAUAAGAGAAUCCAUGGAAGCUCGGCAAUUAGAGGACGAUGAUGUCUUUGAUAGACUGGCUUGUAGACGGGAAACGGGAAGACUGCGUCAGCAGUAG